AAAAUCCAAAGAUGUCCAAAAGUCUUCUGUAGAAGAGAGAGAAUAGGCAAUCUUUUUCCAAAAUCAAAAUAUAAAAUAAUUUGGUGAUGUUCAUAUUUUGAAGUGAAUGUGAUCGUGCUUUAGAAGUGUAUUGUUAAUUAACCAAGAAAUCCAGCCUGUAGUUUUUAUAGCAACAUGGAUAAUUUUUUUUGAUGAGAUUUAAAUAAAAACAAUAUUAAAAUACCUUAAUAUAAGUAAACUCAAUAAAAAAUAGGCCACUGCAAACGAUACUAUUGUUAAGUCUAACAAUGAAACAUGGAGACGAUAAAUGCACAUGCAGCUUUUCUAUGUAAUUAUGAAGUAAUGCAAAUUUUACAGCAACUGAAAGAUAAAACACAAAAGAAACACAAAAGAGAAGGAUCAUUGGCUACUGUGACGUAUGAGACUGUACAUUAUUUACAGGACACAGAAUGUAAAAAUCAAUUGGCUGAAUCUAUACAGAAUUUUCUAAAGGCGAUGAAAUGUUUUAAAUUAACAAAGUCAGAGAAAUUAAUGAUGGUGAACACUCCUCCUAGAACUGAACUGGAAAUACAAUUGAUAGUUCAAGAAAGUGAAGAAAGAUUAUCAGAAGAAGAUGUUCGAAAAAUCAUUGAUCUUGUGAACGAAUUUUUUCCCGCAAGCACGUGACAGUGACAUAAUUAAACAAAAUUUUUUUUAACAUUAUUGUAUGAUAUACAGACUAUAAUUGGACCGUGUUGUGCAGAAAUGUUCCAACCCACAGAAAUAAUACUAUUUUUAUGGUGUUUUCACUGUUUUAUGAUGUUAUGCAUAUUAUUUUAACAUUUUAUACAUUUGAGCAAAACACGGUACAUUGUCAAAAUGUUUAUUUUAAUAACACAGAUAAUGUAAGAGAUGAAGUAAUAAGAUAAGUAAAUAUAUUUUGUAACUAAGUUGUAAA